AUGAUGUAUUACGAUGAAUGGUUGAGACUUGGCGAGAGACUUGGAUUGUCCGGUGGAGACUUGAUCCUUUUCAUCAAAGAUAAGGAAGAGGAAUGUAUAGCAAGGGAAGAGAGAGCUCAACGACGUGAUGAAGAAAGGAGACAGAUGGAGAUGAACUUUGAACUGCAAAUGAAGGAGAGAGACUUAGAGAUUGAGCGUUUGAGGCUCAACAGAGUAGACAGUACUGAUACUUGUAGGGCGUACAGACCUAAGAUUCCAAAGUUUGAUGAAGAGCACGAUAACAUUGACGCAUAUCUGGAAAGGUUUGAGAGAUAUGCUCAAAGUCAAAAGUGGGAAGAGGAGAGCUGGGCCAUAAGUCUUAGCUCACUUUUAACAGGAAUGGGACUGGAGGUGUACACAAGCAUGCCACAAGAAGAGGCCUGUAAUUACGAUUCUCUCAAGAAAGCGAUCCUAAGGAGGUAUCAGUUGACUGAAGAGGGAUUCAGAUCUAAAUUUCGACAAAGUAAACCAGACCAAGGAGAGUCGGUCUUCCAAUUUGUGUCAAGAAUAAAGAGAUACUUCAGUCGUUGGACUGAACUGGCUGGAAUAGAAAAGACGUAUGAAUCCUUAUGUGAUUUAAUGAUAAGAGAGCAGUUUAUUGAAGGUUGUUCGGCCGAAUUAGCGGUGUUUCUGAAAGAGAGAACACCAAAGUCGAUGGACGAGAUAACACGUCUUGCAGAGCAGUACAUCGAAGCACAUAAGGGGACACCUUCAAUAUUGUCGAAGAGUGUUGCGCCACAAAGGAAGCACAACUCCACCAGUCAUGAGCAGUCCAGUCGAAAGACAGAAGAGAAGAAUGGGUUGCGGAAAACCUGCUUUAUAUGUAAUAAAGCAGGUCAUUUAGCGCGUGACUGUAGACAAAACAGCAGGAGUAACACUCAAAAGAGUUGCUUUAUCUGUAAUAAAGCAGGACACUUAGCCAGAGAUUGUAAGCAGAUGAGAUCAGCUCCAGCAAAGAAUGACCAGAAGUUAGCAGCAGUGUGUGUUCAAACGGAUGUAAAAAACAGUCCAUUGAAAAACAAUACUGAAGACGGAAAAUUGAAGUUGGCAAGUGGGGAGUCAGUCCCAAUACUUGCAGGAGUUUGUACCAUUGAUAGCUUAAAAGGGGAGAGGAACUUGGAGGUACAGAGAGGAUUCGUAGGAACAGAAGAAGUGAAAGUGUUAAGGGACACUGGAUGCGAAUCCGCUGCUGUAAGAAGAGACUUAGUCAAAGAAGAGCAAUUUCUAGGCAAAGAAAUAGUGAUGAUCACAAUAGAUGGGGACGCCAAAGUUGUACCUAUGGCGAAGAUAUGGGUUGAUACUCCGUAUUACAUUGGAGAAAUUGAGGCAAUGGUACCAAAGUCGUUGAUUUGUGACUUAGUCAUUGGGAAUGUUCCUGGUGUACUUGAUAGACCUGAUCCUGAAUGGAAAAAGAUUGCUGAUACAUCCGUAGCUGCGGUUAUGACAAGAUCACAGAGUAGAAAAGCAGAGCUACCAACGAAAGCACUGAAUGUGCCGAAGCCCUCCUGUGAAACAGAAGCUAAUGUGGAGACAUUAAAGGCAUUACAGAAGGAAGAUAAAGCAUUGCAAAAGCUAUGGGAUUUAGCAAAGACAGAAGACAUGCUCGAAACCAAGAGUGGUGCAAAAUACAAAUUUGCAAUAAGAAAUGGAGUGCUGUAUAGAGUUUAUCUUCAGACGAAAGGGGCGUAUGACUACGAGAUCAAACAGAUUGUCGUACCAGCAAGCAAACGCAAAAGAGUGAUGGAACUUGCUCACGAAUCGAUCGUUGGAGGACAUCUUUCAGCAAAGAAAACUGAGGACAGGAUCACGUCAAGUUUUUAUUGGCCUGGGAUUUCAAGUGAAGUUGGACGAUUUUGCCGAUCUUGUGACAAAUGCCAAAAGACCAUUCCGAAAGGCCGAGUUAAGAAGGUUCCUUUAGGAGACAUGCCAGUGAUUGAAGAACCCUUCCACAGAAUAGCCAUAGAUUUAAUAGGACCUAUUGCACCAGUGUCAGACAGUGGAAACAGAUAUAUAUUAACAGUGGUUGAUUAUGCCACGCGAUACCAGAAGCGGUAG